UUUUCGCGCAUAGUAGUGUCUGUCUGUCUGUCAUAUCUAUUUCUCGGACAGCCGCCUCUCAGCCACUGCUUCUGUACACCUCUGGACUCCAAAAUUUCAACCUCAACUCAACCUCUUCUCUGACAGCAAUACCUUCAAAAUUAAAAAUUAAAACAACCUUCUCUUCUUCUUCUCCUUGAUGUUUCUCCUCCUUAUCUAAUCCAAUCCUCACCUGCAAUUGCUUCAAGCUUUGGGAGAAAAAAAUGGCUGGAAAAUCGAACAAGACGAGGGGCAGGAAAGGGUCGCAUAAUGCUUCCAGUUCUUCCAAUUGAUGUUCCUGCAAAGCAUAAUGUGGAAGGUCCUUCAGAAUCUGCAAAAGCUGAUGCUGCUGAAGUUCCUGCUGCCAGUGAUUCAACUAAUGCCAAUCCUGAGGUGAAGGAGAAUGAUGCAGAAAAUGAUGGAAGCGAACUAAAGCAAGGUGAUCUUCACCUUUACCCUGUUACAGUCAAAGCACAAACUGGAGAGAAGCUUGAGCUUCAGUUGAAUCCAGGUGAUUCUGUUAUGGAUAUUAGACAGUUCCUUCUUGAUGCUUCAGAAACAUGUUUUAUUACAUGCUAUGACUUGCUGCUGCACACAAAGGACGGGUCCACCCACCACCUCGAAGAUUAUAACGAAAUUUCUGAGGUAGCUGAUAUUACCACUGGAGAUUGCACCUUGGAAAUGGUUCCUGCAAUAUAUGAUGAUAGAUCUAUAAGGGCUCAUGUUCACCGAACUAGAGAGCUGCUUUCGCUUUCUAAUGUCCAUGCUUCACUAUCCACAUCAUAUGUUCUGCAUCUUCAUAUGUAUCUAGAUACUUCGAAACCUGAGGUUCCUGAGCUUGAUGGACUUGGUUAUAUGGAGGAUGUCUCUGGUUCAUUGGGGAAUUUGCUAUCAUCCCCAUUGAAAGAUAUUAAAUGCGUAGAGAGCAUAGUAUUUUCAUCCUUUAACCCCCCUCCGAGCUAUAGAAGGCUUGUCGGAGAUUUGAUUUACUUAGAUGUGGUAACUCUUGAGGGUAAUAAAUUUUGUAUUACUGGGAGUACAAAACUUUUCUAUGUCAAUUCAAGCUCAGCAAACUCUCUUGAUCCAAGGCCAAGUAAGGCCACUUUUGAAGCAACAACUCUUGUCGUACUCUUACAGAAGAUUAGUUCCAAGUUCAAGAAAGCUUUCCGGGAAAUAUUGGACAGUAGAGCUGCUGCCCAUCCUUUUGAAAAUGUGCAAUCUUUGUUGCCGCCUAAUUCGUGGCUUGGGCCAUAUCCCGUUCCUGAUCAUAGACGUGACGCAGCUAGAGCUGAGAAUGCCUUGACUCUUUUGUAUGGCAGUGAGCCAAUUGGUAUGCAAAGAGACUGGAAUGAGGAAUUGCAAUCUUGUAGAGAAUUUCCUCAUACAACUCCACAGGAGAGGAUAUUACGGGAUCGGGCACUUUAUAAAGUGACAUCAGACUUUGUUGAUGCAGCCAUCAAUGGUGCUGUUGGAGUGAUCAGUGGCUGCAUCCCCCCAAUAAACCCAACCGAUCCAGAAUGCUUUCACAUGUAUGUGCACAACAACAUAUUCUUCAGUUUUGCUGUUGAUGCUGACCUUGAGAAGCUGUCAAAGAAACAUGUAGAUGCUAGUUUGAAAGCAUGUGGCACUGUGCAAAGUUCUGAUAAAUCAUCUUAUAAUCCACCUCUUGGAGAAAGUCGUCAGGUUCCCAAUGGGGGGAAAGAUGAUGGUUCAGUUUCAGAAGAACUUGUUAAUGGUACAGAAAUCACUGCCGAUGGGUCAACUGAAACUCAGUUGGCUGAGAGCGAACAGGCAACAUAUGCUUCUGCAAACAAUGAUUUGAAAGGGACCAAAGCCUACCAGGAAGCUGAUGUCGCUGGGCUGUAUAAUCUUGCUAUGGCUAUAAUUGACUACAGGGGCCAUAGAGUGGUUGCUCAGAGUGUUUUACCUGGCAUUCUUCAAGGGGACAAGUCAGACUCUCUCUUGUAUGGCUCUGUUGAUAAUGGAAAGAAAAUUUGCUGGAAUGAAGAAUUUCAUUCUAAGGUUGCAGAUGCAGCCAAACGCCUUCAUUUGAAGGAACAUUCGGUCCUUGAUGGAUCUGGAAAUGCUUUCAAAUUAGCUGCGCCUGUGGAAUGCAAGGGAAUUGUUGGUGGUGAUGACCGGCAUUAUCUUCUUGAUUUGUUGAGGGUGACUCCUCGGGAUGCAAACUAUACUGGACCUGGUUCUCGAUUUUGUAUCUUGAGACCAGAAUUAAUUACUGCCUAUUGCCAGGCCCAAGCAGUGGAGACAUCAAAAUCUGAGACAACUUCUCAAGAGGCUUCUAACGUGGCUGCAGAAUAUUUUCUGCAGGACAUUACAAAGGAAGAGAAAACAGUGACUAAGGAAGAGAAAACGGGGGAUACCAAAGAGCUUGUUUCGGCAUCUGAUGAAGCUUCAGAUUGUCGUGAGGAAAUUGUUUUUAAUCCUAACGUUUUCACUGAAUUCAAAUUGGCUGGGGAACCCGAGGAAAUAGCAGCUGAUGAGGAUAAUGUGAGGAAAGUUAGUCUAUAUCUUACUGAUGUUGUGCUUCCUAAGUUUGUACAAGAUCUAUGCACACUUGAAGUUUCACCUAUGGAUGGCCAGACAUUAACCGAAGCACUCCAUGCUCAUGGAAUUAAUGUUCGCUAUAUUGGCAAAGUGGCUGGAGGUACUAAACAUCUGCCUCAUCUAUGGGAUCUUUGUAAUAAUGAAAUUGUUGUGAGAUCUGCAAAGCAUGUUAUCAAGGAAUUGUUGAGAGAAACAGAGGAUCAUGAUCUUGCAUUGGCUGUAUCUCAUUUCUUGAACUGCCUAUUUGGAAAUUGUCAAGCAUCCGGUGGAAAAGUUACUCCUAAUGGUGCACAAUCCAAAACUCCCAAGAAGGAACAUGCUGGGCAUCGAUCUACAGGAAAGAAAGGGCAAGCACGAUGGAAAGGCAGGACAUCUUUGAGGAAGAGUCAACCUUUAUACAUGAAUAUGAGCUCUGAAGCCUUAUGGUCAGAAAUUCGAGAAUUUGCAGUGGUCAAAUAUGAGUUUGAGUUGCCAGAGGAUACAAGGUCACGUGUAAAGAAAAUUUCUGUUCUACGAAAUUUCUGUCAGAAGGUUGGUAUAUCUGUUGCAGCUCGUAAAUAUGAUCUUAAUUCUGCAACGCCUUUCCAAACAUCAGAUGUCUUGGAUCUCUGUCCAGUGGUCAAGCAUUCAGUUCCCACCUGUUCUGAAGCCAAAGAACUAGUAGAAACAGGAAAGCUUCAAUUAGCUGAGGGCAUGCUCAGUGAAGCCUACACAUCAUUUUCAGAGGCAUUCUCAAUUUUACAACAGGUUACUGGCCCUAUGCAUCGUGUGGUUGCCAACUGCUGUCGGUAUCUUGCCAUGGUUUUAUAUCAUGCUGGAGACAUGGCUGGGGCUAUAAUGCAACAGCAUAAAGAACUAAUAAUAAAUGAACGUUGUCUUGGUUUAGAUCAUCCCGAUACUGCACACAGUUAUGGUAAUAUGGCUCUCUUCUAUCAUGGACUUAACCAGACAGAACUUGCUCUCCGCCAUAUGUCCCGAGCCUUGCUGUUAUUAAGUUUGUCAUCAGGGCCAGAUCAUCCAGAUGUUGCAGCUACUUUUAUCAAUGUUGCAAUGAUGUAUCAGGACAUAGGAAAGAUGAACACAGCUCUUCGAUAUCUGCAAGAAGCAUUGAAGAAAAAUGAGAGGCUUCUUGGUGAAGAACAUAUUCAAACUGCAGUUUGUUAUCAUGCUCUUGCCAUUGCAUUUAAUUGUAUGGGUGCUUUCAAGCUUUCUCACCAGCAUGAGAAGAGAACAUAUGAUAUACUUGUCAAACAACUCGGUGAAGACGAUUCAAGGACGCGUGACUCACAAAACUGGAUGAACACAUUCAAGAUGCGUGAGCUGCAGACAAAUGCCCAAAAGCAGAAAGGUCAAGCUCUGAAUGCAGCGUCAGCUCAGAAAGCUCUUGAUAUCUUAAAGGCGCACCCUGAUUUGCUACAUGCAUUCCAAGCUGCUGCUGUUGCUGGAGGAUCUGGAAGUUCAGGUGCCUCUGCCAACAAGUCCCUAAAUGCUGCAGUAAUGGGUGAGGGUCUCCCAAGAGGAAGGGGAAUCGAUGAAAGGGCUGCGCGUGCAGCUGCAGAAGUCAGGAAGAAGGCUGCAGCAAAGGGUUUGCUACUACGACCACAUGGUGUGCCAGUGCAAGCCAUGCCACCCCUUACCCAACUUAUGAACAUUAUAAAUUCAGGCAUGACCCCGGAUAGCGGGGCAAGCGGUAACGCAGAGGGAGCAAAUGAAACAAAUGAUGUUCCUUCAACCGAUGCAGUGGAUGGCAAGAAAGACCAGUCACUGCCUAAGCCAGAAGCCCCUGUUGGAUUAGGCAAGGGGUUGUCAUCAUUGGAUGCCAAGAAACAAAAGCCAAAACCAAAGGCUGGCGCUUGAAAUUUUGUAACAUAUAUAAGAUUUCCCUUGUUUCGAGCUUAGAAAUUCUUUUUGAGCUGCUUGGGUUGACUAGUAACCUUUUUUUCCUGUGUUUUCACUCCCUUUUUCAUAUGGGCUCCGUAUAAGGCAUCCAUGGUGAUAGGUGAAUGAAGGUGAGGUGCUUGUGAUAUCAGCACAAUUUUUUUUCCUCCUUUUUCAUCUGAUUAUUUAAUGAGAAUUUUCUAGUAAACUAAACGAUUGGCAUAUAUAGGGUAAUAAUUGUUUCAUUUUGAUGAAAUUUCUUGUAUUUGUAACCAAAUUUGGUUGUCAAUAGAAGUUAGACAAAUUCAGUGCAUAAUACAAAAUUUGUAGAA